AUGGAGGCUGAGGGUGGUCUUGGGCCGGUCCACCCAGCCUGUGCAGGUCACAUGGAACCCAGCUGCCCACGGUCUCCGUCCACACCCCUCAGGGUCGGGCCUCAGCAGGGUUGGGGGAGCUGGAACCCUCCCCGUCCUUGCUGUGGGGUCCCACAGGGGGCUGGCAUGUGGGUGUCAGGGUCCUGCGCCUCCUGCCUCCCACAGGGGUUGCUCUGGGUAGGUGCUGCCUUCCAGCUUGGUGGUUCUGGAGACUUAUUUCCCAUGAUCCAGGCCAAAAGGCCCAGUCAGCUGGUGGGGGUGCUUCCUGCCGGAGACCCUGCGCCCUGA